GUGUGUUUUUUUUCCGCUUAUUCCUUCAGCCAAAAGUUGAAUCUUUCUGAAAUCACUUUCUUCUCGUUUUCAGAUUUCUUGAUCUGUUUUUGUUUGUGGGCCCUUCAAAGAUCCUAUCUUUUUCAGCUUCUUAUCCAAGUAUUGGGAUUCAAUUACAUUAAUCUGGGAUUCGGUGGUUUUGCUGAUGUUCUUCUGAAUCAAGAAGUUGUGUGCAUCUACGGGACUGAAAUAAUGGGCAGGGUUCGAGCAAAGGGUAAAAAGCUUUCGGUGACUAACGAAGAUGAAAAUGGGAGCAGCGAGGAAGUAAAAGUUCUUGCACGAAAGAGGAGAGGGAGACCACAGAAAUCACUUAAAGACGAAUUCGACGAAAACGAAGCUCAGAAAAUCGAAGAUGAUAACAGCGAGGACAUGGCAAUAGUUAAAGACGCGGAAAAUAAGAGCGGCCCCCAAAAUGGGAAACGGCAGAAAAGAAAUAUCCAGGUGGCGAAGGAGAAACUAGUUGAUUCGGUGAAGGACGAAAAUGAAGACUUAACCAAAUCGAGCGGUGAGGAGUCGAAGAAAUCGAAUGGCUUCCGCCAGAGUAGGAAUAGGCGAAAGAGUAAACCUUGUCGAGCAGCUGAGGCCGUUGUUGAGUGCAACUGAAACAACAUAAAGCACUCUUUUUUUUUUUUUUUUUUUUUUUUCCGUAUCGCAUUUCUUUAUUUUGCGUAUGUUUUAUUCGGAAUUAAUUUCCUAUUUCGGAAAGAUUUUUUGGCUGAUCAAAUUUUGUAGUGAUUUUCAUAUUCACUCUUCUUCAUUGU